AUGCACCCUUUCGUCUCGCUUGAGACGAAGCACUUCUUGGGGCACCGCAAAGUUGUUUCAGCAGUAACAUGGAACCUCGACGGCACCCGCCUCGCGGCUGCCGGCGAUAACACUGGCCUUUUGAUAUGGGACGCGGAGCACAUCGAAGCCAAUGCUCGUCCAGAGCGCCGUGUGCUCCACGAAUGUCGAGGCCAUUCGAAGAAUAUUGAAGUGGUCCUGUCAAGCCCAACCUCGCCAUACAUGUAUGCCACAGCGGGACUGGAUAAUCUUGUCAACAUUUUCGACAUACGCGCGGAUACAAGACCUUCGGCCUCUAUCACGACAGACUCCAAAUGCCUCUUCGGGGAGUGGGCACCAGACGGAAACUCAAUCGCUAUCGGCACCGACACAAAUAACUUAUACGUUGUGGAUUGCCUCUCAAUGAAAAUUUCCAAGAAGUUUCCGUUCGAGAAGGACUUUAAUCAAUUCCGAUGGAGCGUUGAUGGGAAACGCAUGUAUCUCACUAGAGGGGAUGGUAGUGUUGACGUCGAUGAGUGGCCAUCGAUGAAACCCCUAACCUCAAUGCGAGGGCACGCCAGAGCUUGCGUCGGAAUUGCUUGCGAUCCAAAAUCUAGGUUUAUUGCCGUCACGAGCAUGGAUACGUGUGUCAGCAUCUGGGAUGCUCUUAGCGUAACCAACAUUUUCACGAUUGAUCGUUGGGAAGUCCCAGUACAGCAAGCAGAGUACUCUCAUGAUGGACAGUACCUAGCCUUGCUCGGGGAGUGUCAACAUAUUGACAUCACCGAGUCCACAACGGGCGGGUUGCGAUACUCCAUUCCUACCGGUGCGAAAGUCAACGACAUGGCAUGGCAUCCUUCGCAAAACCUGCUCGCAUACGCCCCGCUUCCUCCCCGGUACCCACCAGCGGAUUAUCAGCCUGCGGUGUGUGUUUGGGGUCUUGCAAGAGCAUGA